GAUUGGAGAAUACAAGUGAAGAAAAAAUAACCAAAAGAAAAAAGAUGGCUAAUUUUAAAUCAAUAAUUUUGAUUCUUUCCAUAAUUACGGUGAUUGAAGAAAUUUGUCAAGCAUGGCCAAGUGGUGCACCGGAAAAAACUUGUCCAACAUUAUUACCACGACAUGGUGGUACACCGGCAAAAGAAGCCAAUGAAUCACCAUAUAUGAUGGAACAAUCAAAUUCACAAUAUAGACCUGGUGAUCAGAUUAAAGUUGUAUUGAAAUCACCGACCAAUAUACCAUUCAAAGGACUAAUCGUUCAAGCAUUGGAUCCGGAAACGGGCAAACCUAUUGGCAAUUUUUCCCAAGGAAUUGGCCUAAAAUUGAUUGAUAGCUGUUCGGCUGUCACACAUUCGGACAACAGAAAUAAAAAAGCAGCUAUUUUGGUUUGGAAUGCACCACGUUCUGGUACAGCAGGCGGUGGUGGUGGUGGUGGUGGCCAUGUUGUAUUCCGUGGUACAGUCGUACGAAAAUAUGAUACAUUUUUCAAAGGUCUUAUAUCGUUGGUUAAUCCACAUGUUUGAAGACAAUGAAUUACAACAUUAUCAUCAUCAUUAUCAUUGGAUUUGAAAUUCAUCUGAUUUUUUUUGCAAAACAAACACACACACCUACACACAUAUAAUCCUUUUGCACAAAUUAUCUCAGACCAUUUAUAAUUUUCUGAAACAUGAAUACAUGUGUGUGUGUGUGUGUUUGUUGUUGUGAUGUAUUCAUAUAUGAACAAUCCGAAUAGAAAAACAAGGUUAAAUAAUUUCCCAUGUGAUGUUCAUUGUUCUAAGAAAAACCAAG